GUAGCCUCCUCUGACAGCAAGGCUCGUUGACUGUUGUCUCCCUUGCUGUUCCUUCCCGCCCAUACUGCGGAAGAAAGUCAAACUUCCAAAUCCUGGCCCCAAUCUUGCAGCCCAUCAAAGUCUCUCCUCUUUGUCUGUGAGAUCUCGAUUUCCUGUCUUCAUAUCAUUCUUUGACCUCCACCUCCCCGUCUCUCGGCCUUGCAACUGUUGAAAUGGAUCUUAAGAGAUUGAAGAAGGAAAGCGUCGAGCUGCAAGAGCCGAUUGAGAAGUGUGGGGUGACAGCUUCUCCCAUCAAGGAAGAUCUAAGUCACUGGAAAGGCUACAUCUUGGGACCUGAUGACACGGCGUAUGCUGGCGGGAAGUUCGAAAUUGACAUCGUCCUUACAUCAUCAUACCCGUUCGAGCCUCCCAAGAUGAAGUUCAAUACAAAGAUAUGGCACCCCAAUGUCAGCUCUCAGACUGGAGCGAUUUGUCUGGACAUUCUGAAGAAGGAGUGGUCGCCGGCCCUCACUAUCAAGACUGCUCUGAUAUCUGUACAAGCUUUGCUUGCAGCUCCAGAGCCAGACGAUCCUCAAGACGCCGUGGUUGCUCAAGAGUACAAGAGCUCCAUUGAGAAGUUUAAAGCCACUGCAAAGCUGUGGACCGAGCGAUAUGCCAAGGAAGGGAGCAUGGAGUCGAUUCAGCCGUUGUUGGACAUGGGGUUUUCAGAGGAGCAGGCAAAGGACGCCCUGCUUGAGGCUCGCGGAGACGUGCAAGCAGCUGUCGAGAAGCUUCUUAGUGGCGCAUAAGAUGUGCCCUGUUGAAAGAGCGUCAGGCGUUGCGAUCUGAAUGAAUUUCGUUCCACAGA